CAAACCCAAACCCAAAUCCAGACCCGGUUUGGUUUAAAACGUUCUUGUUUCAGGUCGUCUGUGAGGUUCUGCUCCCGGAUCGGGCCGAGGAGUCUCUGGUUGGGCGUCUGCCAGCUGGGGGCGCUGCGCUGCUUGGGGCGCAGCUUCACGCUGGCCGCCGAUACGGACUGCAGCAGACCGGAAGAGGAAACCUUCACUUCCUGCAGCGACUGCAAACCGGGGACGACCUGCCGAGAAUCCCAGCAGAAAUGCGCAUGUCUGAGUCCGUCGGCGUGCCCCGCUGGCCCCGCCCCCCUGUGCGUCAGUUCCGGUGAUGAUGGCGGCGCUGCGAACAUGACGGAGUGCGAGGUGGGAUCCAGGAGGUGCGCAGGCGAAGCUAUCCGCCUGCUCAGUCUGGACCAAUGUCCGCAGUAAACGGACACUUUUCUUCAUUGUUUCUGUGAAUAUUUCUUAACUUUCGUAGCAGCUGAACUGUAAAUAGAACAGAUCGUUCCAGAUAAAUUGAUACAUUUCUUUGUUUUUGUACAUCCAUAAGGAUGAUAAUGGAUUGAUUGAUUGUUAUAAAAUGAAUAAAACUGCCUCCAUUAAUUCCCUUGA